UUUCCUGUCCCCAGCUGUGGCUAUAAGACCCCAGGGCUGAGUCAGACGCACCUUCUCUGAUGCGGUGCUGACAAUGCUGCUGCUGCUGCUCCUGCUUCCUGCAGCCGUCCUCUUGCCACUCAGGGCUCAAGCUGGGUGGAUCAUCGGUGGGAACGUAUCUUCGCCACACUCCAGACCCUACAUGGCCUACCUGGAGGUGAGCAUGGGCCCGGUGAAUACACAGACGUGCGGAGGGCUGUUGGUGAAGAAGGACUUUGUCCUGACGGCUGCUCACUGCAGCUGUAUUGCAGGCAACAUCACAGUCAUCCUCGGAGCCCACAAUGUCCACGAGCCGGAGGAAACCCAGCAGCGCCUGCGUGUGCGACGCAUCAUCCCCCACCCAGAAUUCACCAGGGACCCCUUCACCAACGACCUCUUGCUUCUGCAGCUGGAGAAGAAGGUGGAGGUGACGAAGGAGGUGAAGCUGCUCAGGUUGCCCUCAGCUCAUUCCACCCCGAAAGCAGAGGAGAAGUGCCUGGUAGCCGGAUGGGGUCUCACUAGCCCGAAUGCCUUUAUGCCCCCUAGUACCCUGCAUGAAGUGCAAGUGCAGGUGCUGGAUGAGGACACGUGCACCAUGUUUUAUCCUGGCUAUGAGCACGCCAGCAUGCUGUGUGCAGGGAGGCCCUUCCAGAGGGGAUCGGCUUACAUGGGGGAUUCCGGGGGUCCCCUGGUGUGUAACGGGGUACCCCAGGGCAUUGUUUCCUAUGGACGAGUGGACGGUUCUCCACCUGCGAUAUACACACGGCUUACUAAAUUCGUCCCGUGGAUUAGGCGACAGAUGCGCUUGUUCCAGCAGUAAUUAAGACACACACCAAGAGAGAAGGACAUUGCCCAUGGACCUCAUGUCCCUGUUUGAAACAGAGUUGUCCAAAUAGCCUUCCUGAGGGUUUUACACUGCUGCCCAUUACCGUAGUAUCUAGGCGCUAUAUUAUUAAUGUUAAACAGGAAAGUGGCCGUGGCUGCCUUCCAGCAGGUCUCUGAUAUAUUGAUAGGCUUGGAAGGAUUCGAUUUUUAUUGGCAAAAGUCGGCAAACAUCAAUUUCGCUGCUCACACACAAACCGAUGAAAAAAUACUUCCAUUGAAAGUAAUAGAAAUUUACAUGUAGGCAAAGUAAUGAAAAUGCUGCUUGAGAAUGGCUCAGUUUGAUUUCAGGAUAUGUACUUUGUAUAUUUUGACAUGUGAUGUUGACCAUUUGUAUUUUAACCGUUAUAAAGCUUUGACAUUGGGAAUCUAAACAUCUACUGUCAUGCAAUAAUUAUUGUCUGGCAGCCCCCCAUUGUCUGUCAUCCCCACAAUUUC